CCCUGCUGCACAACUCUCCCUACCCACCCCUCUUCUGCUCUUAUUUGUUGUGUUCUCCUUCUUUCUCUUCUCAUCUUCUCCCUCUCUUCUCCUCCCCAUUCUUCCCUCAUCAGCCGACACAAUAACCCUUUACUUUCCAUCUUCCCCUUUUUAUCUUCUAUCCUUUUGAUUCUCUAUCAAACAAACCCCGCACUCUCAAUUACCCUACGUGCACAUAACCAUGGCACCUAGCCCACCUAACCCCGCUGCUUCCCCGAAUGCAACCGGGCCCAGUUUUUCUCCUCCCCAUCUUCCGCACGGGUGGAUCGCUCAAUGGGAUCCCAAGACCCAACGUUACUAUUAUGUCCAGACUUCAACGGCUCAUACUACUUGGGAUGUCCCUACCUCUUCGGCUCCUUCUACCCCUGCUCCUUCUACCCCGAGCAGCUACCCUGCGCCACCGACAGAUUACACUACUGGAGGUCAGGGCCCCGUUCAACCGGGUUAUAGCAACCCUUCUCCCCAACCUGACGGACAAACAUCCGCCCGCGCUGGCGGCCUGGGGGGAAUUGCAGGUGGUUUGGCACAAAAUUUGCUGAGCGGUGGAAAAACAAGCCACGGAUCUAGUGGCGGAGGCCUUGGUUCAUUGGCAUCUGGUUUGCUGGGAGGUGGGAAACACUCCGCCUCUGGACAUGGUAGUAGCGGGCACGGCAGUGGCGGACACGGCAGCGGUGGAGGUGGACUUCUUGGCCAGGCAAGUACUAUAGCGGGCGGAUUAUUGGGAGGAAAGAAGCCGCAUGGAAGCUCCCCCGGACACAGUACUUCCACCCAUGGUUCUUCUAGUCAUGGUUCCACGGGCCAUGGCUCACCGUCUGGUGGUCUCGGCCAGUUGGGUGGGAUCGUUGGAGGCUUGUUGGGAGGUGGAGCUCACGGAGCUCAACAGACCCAUGGUCAAGGCAGUCACGGGCAGCCUGGACAGCAGGGCCUUGGAUACCACGGAUCUAGCCCUUCGCCAAACCCUUCCAACCCUUCGUAUAACGCAAAUCCUCAUGCACCUCAUCAGCAGUAUUACCAUACUGGCGCACCAAACCAACAGUUCUCAGGUACAGUUGGCCAACAAAACCCGGCCUCUUAUGGUGCUCCAUCUCCUCAAGGAGGGUACCCAGCUCCAGGCCAGUACCCACCUCCUCUCCAGAACUAUCCACCCCCCCCAGUACAGUAUGGGGCCCCAUCCCCGGCGCAAUACAACCCAAGUACUUACCAGGCCUCUCCCGGUGGACCUGACAGACCUGGUGGACCCGGUAGUUAUCCUCCUCAUAGUGGCCCUGGUGGCUAUCAAUCCCCUCCUCCUACUUCUGGGCCCCCGAGUUACGGUGCCCCUGGAAGUUAUCAAGGUGGCCCAUUCAACCCAUCUGCCCCCACCGGAGGCUCAUACCAGGGAACGCCCCCACCAUCUCAGUACCAGCCUACAGGGGGCAGCGGGUAUCAUCCUCCAGGAGGGCACUAAUCCUGGGCGCAAAUAAUAUUUUGAAGGUCGGUAAAGCUUGCAUUUUCUUGGGUUGUUUAUAGGCCUUCUCUCGUUUCCUUCUUGAUUCCUGACCAUUUUUGUCUCUUCCCUCUUCCCCCCCCCCUUAGUCGGUAUUUAUUCCCGAGACAUUUAGGAGGGAAAAAUUUACGUACUACAAUAAACAAAGUAGCCC